AUGAUCGGUCUCGCCGCCGGUGCUGGUUUCCUGCUGUUCGGAUAUGAUCAAGGUGUUAUGGGCAGUUUGCUCACGCUGCCAAGCUUCACGAAGCAAUUCCCGGAGAUUGACACUGUCGGCUUGGGCGGGGCAUCCCAUGAGUCAGUGCUCCAAGGUGUCGUCAUCGGUAUCUAUGAAAUCGGUUGUCUGAUUGGAGCUCUCUCGUGUCUCGUCAUCGGAGAUGUCCUCGGUCGUAGAAAGGUCAUUCUUAUCGGUACCAUCUGGAUGGUGGCUGGCGCUAUUCUCCAGGCCACUUCGUUCAAGAUAUCUCAGCUCGCCAUCGCACGUGUCGUCACUGGUAUCGGUAACGGCAUGAACACUGCGACAAUCCCGACGUGGCAGUCCGAGUGCUCGCCGUCGCAUUUGCGUGGCAAGCUGAUCAUGAUCGAGGGCGCACUCAUCACGGGGGGUAUCAUGAUCUCCUACUGGAUCGAUUUUGCUUUCUUCUGGGUCGACAAGAACGGUCUACCGCACGCGGACGCCGCGUGGCGCGUGCCCAUCGCGCUCCAGAUCCUGCUCUGCUUCCCCACCGCCAUCCUGACGAUCAGUCUGCCCGAGUCGCCGCGCUGGCUCAUGCUGAAAGGCCGCGAGGACGAGGCGCGCGAGGUCAUGUCGUCGCUCGAUGAGCUACCACUCGACGACCCAGAGCUCAAUGUCAAGGUCAAGGAGAUCAAGGACUCGCUCGCCGAAGUGACAAACGUUCGCCUCUCCGAUUUGUUCACCAACGGAAAAGGUCGCAACUUCCACCGCAUGAUGCUUGGCUUCACUUCGCAGAUGUUCCAGCAGAUCUCGGGUAUCAACUUGAUUACUUAUUACGCCGGCACGAUUUACCAAAAUAACAUUGGCUUGUCAGACAUUGUCUCUCGUAUCGUCGCCGCCGCAAACGGCACCGAGUACUUUGCCGCGUCAUGGAUCGCAGUCUGGCUCGUCGAGCGCACUGGCCGUCGUCCGCUGAUGCUGGUCGGCGCCAUGGGUCAGUGCUUAUCCAUGGUAGUGCUUGCCGUGACGAACGCGCCGAGUAUCACGCGCCCCGUACACAAGCUCGGCCCGAACGGCCAGCCAAUGUACAACAGGGACGGCUCCAAAGUCAUGGGCGGCACCAAUGACGCCGCUGCCAUCAUUGCAGCCGUGAUGCUCUUCUCGUUCAACACUUGGUUCGCCAUUGGCUGGCUCGGUAUGACCUGGCUCACACCCGCCGAGAUGACGCCGCUGCCAGUCCGUGCGGCCUGCAACGGCAUCUCGACCGCCUCCAACUGGAUCUUCAACUUCCUCAUCGUCUUGAUCACCCCGAUCUCGUUCGCUAACAUUGGGUACAAGACCUACGUCAUCUUUGCAGUCAUCAACCUCGUCAUCUUUGUCGCGACGUACUUCAUCUUCCCCGAGACCGCCGGGCGCUCGCUCGAGGAGAUGGACGAGAUCUUCGCGCGCGCAUCCAAGACAAACCCGUUUGACGUCGUCUUGAUCGAGCGCAGGACACCGCGCCGCUACGACAAACACGGCAAGCCGAUCGCCCUGCUCGACGAUGUCGAGGACAACGCCAUGCACGCCAGAGCCGGCGUUACCGAGGAGAGGAAGGCCAAGCAGGGCAGCGUGUCCGAGCACUCGAGCAACAAUGUCUGA